ACCGCCCUAGACUGUAGGCUAACAUAUUGAUAGCCACCCAUAUAAAAAUGCGCAGGCAGACUUUUGCAACACAUUUUAAGACUAAAAGCAAGCAGUGCAAAUGGACAGGAUCUUCUGUCCUCGACUUUUCCUUGUACUUUCAUUUUCAUCUGCGUCAUAUGGUUCUCACUCUCUGUCAUUGCUUUCAACUUAUAUUCAAGGAGAAACACAAUUUCCUAAAUUUAGUUGCACAACAACUCUGGAUGACAUCACAGUUGGAUACUAUAAUUCAGAGAUUUAUAUUCCAAGAGGGAAUAUGACAAAUGAGGAUGAUGUGAUUGAGUCAGGUUAUAUAAAGGGUAUAAGUGACUAUAUGUAUAACUCCUUCGUGAGACGAUCUGCACUGUUGAGAGAGUACAGCCAAACUCAGAGUCUUCGUGUCUAUCAGACUCUGGUUGUCUGUGAGCUGCUGGAACUUGACAAUCCUGGAAAGAUGAUUAUUAAAGAUGCUGCUGGUGGCUGCACCACAGAUGAAAUGGCUUACUUUAACAACACAUUUACUUAUACUCUAAAUGUGACUGUAAAUAUUACACAAGAAGUGCUCAAACCUCACCUGGAAGAAUUCAAGCAGGAAUUUGCAAAGAUCUUUUACCCAAUUUGCAUAACAACUCUCAAAAAUUACCUCAAAAAGAGAGGAGGUCAAGUGAACAGAAGGAUAACACCCAAUAUCAGGCUCACCCAGAAAGCAAACUCAGAUUCUGGAAGGUCUCGUGUGAGUUGUUUGACAUCAGGAUUUUACCCUCGUCACAUCAACCUGACCCUGUUCAGAGAUGGGCAGCCUGUAUCUGAUCAUGAGAUCACUGGAGGAGAUCUGCUUCCCAAUGCUGAUGGGACGUACCAGAUGAGGAAGAGUCUGGAGAUCAGUGCUGCAGACGAACACACAUACACCUGCUCUGUCACACACCUCAGUCUGGACAACAAACUGGACGUCACUUUGGAUAAUGAUCCUUCCAGACAUCUUAUAUGUGCUGCUGUCAUGAUGUUUGUAUGUGUGAUAAGUGUGGUUUUGGGAAUAGUCAUUUGGAUGAGAAGAAAACGAAGACAGAUAACAAGAGGUAUGACUUGAAAUUCUGUGUGUUCCCUCAAGAUAAAAUUGUAUCUAUAAUAACUGGAAUAUUUGCUUUUAUCACAUGCAUUUUUUGUAGAGGUGUAACGAUACACACAUUUUAGUCUGAUUUAACAAAUCUCAAAGCUUCAAUCUUUUUGCAAUUUGCCAUCAUUGGUAACACAGAAACUAAAAUAUUUCCCAAAUACCCAGUUUGUGUGUCGGGGGACACCAAUCUUAAAAUAGUAGGCUAUGGAAAAAUGUUCACAACUUACCUGAAUUCACAUUUAAUUAUUUUGUAAAGUCUGUUUUAUACCAGAAUUUACCUUGACCAUAAUCGUAUAUACUGAUUAACCUUGUCUUUUCAAUUAAAGAACACUUAUCACCCUGCAGUAUGAUUUUAAACAGUCAAUAAACACGUACUUGAAUACAAUUCAAUAUUUCUGAAUAAACUCCAGAAUUAAAUGUUCUGCAUGUUAAAUAAUAUUUAGUGAUUUUACAUGUUGAAGAAACUGGUUGUUUUUGUGCACUUUUAAGGGUCAGCAAGUCUGUCUGUCUACAUUUCAAGUGGGACUGUCAAAGCAGAGUGUGUUUGUUUAUAAAAAUAUACAUUUUUUAAAGCUUAGUAAAAAUUGAUUGCAAAUAAAACCUUACAUAAAA